AUGGACGCCAACAACGAGAAGAAGAUCCUUGUUGAGGACUCAAUUACGACAACACAAAAGGAUGAGCCGGAAAAGCAGGCUGAACUUGGAGAUCUCUGGCGUGUCUUUCGUUUCGCCGACCGUCUCGACUGGAUCCUCAACUUCACAUCCCUUAUCUGCUCCAUUGCUUCUGGAGCAACACUCCCACUGAUGACUAUUGUCUUUGGGCAAUUUACCGGCCGAUUUAGCGACUAUGCGAGCGGCAAGAUAGACCCCCAGGGCUUUCAAGACGAGGUCAACACAUUCGUUCUAUGGUUUGUCUACCUCUUUGUGGGCAAAUUCGUCCUCAGCUAUUUGGCCACUUUAACUGUUACCGUUUCCGGAAUCCGAACGACGCGAGUACUUCGGCAGCGUUUCUUGGAGCAUCUCCUUCGAACCGAGAUAUGGUACUUUGAUACGGCUAGUGUUGGAUCACCCGCGACCCAGAUGACUACCAAUGUUACUCGUAUCAACCAGGGUAUUGCUGAGAAACUGUCACUCCUUAUCCAAGGACUGGCCAUGUUUGUCUCAUCAUUUGUCGUCGCGAUAGCAGUCCAGUGGAAGCUGGCACUCAUCACUUUGACGGUCGUGCCACUCUUCUUUUUCAUCAUUGGCUUUGGAAUGACCCUUGAUGCGCCUAUCGAAGCAAAAGUCCAGGGCAGUUACUCCCAAGCCAACGUCUUCGCCCAAGAGGUCAUGGCUUCCAUCCGGACUGUCCAUGCCUUCUGGGCACAGGGCAGAAUGACAGUGCGAUAUGAUGACUAUCUUAAAGAGGCUCACGUCCACGGAAAGAAGAAGUCUUUCAUGUACGGUGUCAUGAGCUCAUCCACUUACUUCUGCAUGUAUGCUGGAAAUGCUUUGGCCUUCUGGCAGGGUUUCCGUAUGUAUCAAAAUGGUGAAAUUGACUCUGUCGGUACUGUAUUCACCGUUGUACUGUCUGUCUUGCUUGCAUCAUCAUCGAUCGGUCUUCUCUACCCACAGGUCCCGGCGUUGGCCAACGGUGCGGCAGCAGCUUCCGAGGUCUUCAAAGUUUUCGAUAAGCCAUCCUCACUGGAUCCUCUCAGUGAUGAAGGCAAAGUCCCCGAAAACUGCCACGGCCAUCUCGAGGUUGAGAACGUUUCCUUCUCAUACCCCUCUCGACCCGACACAAACGUGCUCAACAACAUCAGUCUGAGCAUCCCAGCUGGCAAAACCACCGCUAUUGUCGGAGCCAGUGGCUCUGGAAAGAGUACUAUAAUCGGUUUGUUAGAGAGAUGGUACCUACCAACCUCUGGCCGCUUCCUUCUUGAUGGUAUGGAUGUAUCAAUGCUGAAUGUUAAGUGGCUGAGGUCUCAGAUGGCUCUUGUCCAGCAGGAGCCAGUUCUAUUUAGGGGAACCGUGUUUGAGAACGUGGCAAAGGGGUUCACAGAAGCACAGAAGGUCCUGAGCCUUGAUGACCAGAAGAAGCUAGUGCAGGACGCCUGCGAAGCCAGCUACGCUCACGAAUUCAUUCAAAAGCUUGAACAAGGCUAUGAUACGUAUCUCGGCGAGAGAGGCGGCACACUUAGCGGUGGCCAGAAGCAACGAGUUGCCAUUGCACGUAGCGUUGUCUCCAACCCCAAGAUUCUUCUCCUUGACGAAGCCACAAGUGCCCUCGAUCCCAAUGCCGAACGAAUCGUUCAAAAGGCCCUAUCUCGAGUUUCUCAAGAGCGAACCACGGUGGUCAUCGCACAUCGCCUAUCAACCAUCAAGGACGCUGACAACAUCGUCGUUGUUUCAGCUGGACAGGUCGUUGAGCAGGGUGCCCACGAGGAACUUCUUGCACUCAAUGCUCACUAUGCCAGACUCAUUCGCGCACAGAACCUUGCAGUCUCCUCGAAUGACAUUCAGAAGGACAUGAGUGCGAAGCAGGAUAUGGUCGAAGUCGAGACAGACGAGGAGGUAGCGUGCGUCAUGACAGCUCAGACCGAGAAGUCCAUGGUGCUUAAGGAUGGAGAGGUCAAGCCAAAGGACCGGUCUAUUAUGACGAGCAUCUUCAUUAUCCUUAAGGAACAAAAGGCCCUUCUCCCUCACAUCAUCGUCGCAGCGCUUGCCUGUAGUAUCGCCGCAGCUACCUGGCCAGGUCAAGCGGUCCUGUUCUCCCGACUCAUCACUGCCUUCUCUUCCGGUGAACCCUCUGCAUCAGAUGCCAACUUCUAUGCCCUCAUGUUCUUCGUCAUUGCACUUGGCAAUCUAGUCGCCUACUUCACCAUCGGAUACAUCUCCAACCACGUGGCUCAAUCCAUCUCUCAUCAGUACCGCCUCGAGCUGUUCAGUCGUAUGGUCGUCAUGGACAUUGACUUCUUUGAUCGACCAGAGAACUCAUCCGGUGCAUUGGCUUCAACCUUGUCCUCAGUCCCCACGAGCUUGACAGAGCUUCUUGGGCUGAACAUCUAUGUUGUUCUCGUCAUGGCUGUCAACAUCACCGCUAGCUCCAUCCUUGCCCUGGCCUAUGGUUGGAAACUGGCUCUUGUUAUGGUGUUUGCAGGGUUGCCUCUUCUCAUGGGUUCUGGCUACAUCAAGAUCCGCCUUGAGUCUAGACUUCAUGAGAGCAACGAGGCAAGAUUCCGAGAAAGUGCCAGUCUUGCCAGCGAGGCCGUCUCAGCUCUGAGGACUGUUACCUCUUUGACCGCCGAGUCGGACUUUAUUCAGGCAUACUCUGAGGCUCUGUCAAGCAUAGUUGCCCAAUCGGUCAAGUCUCUCUCGAUCUCAAUGUUUGCAUACGCCUUCUCACAAUCCAUCGAGUUUCUAGUUAUGGCACUCGGAUUCUGGUAUGGCUCACGACUCAUCUCCUCUGGAGAGUACACAUCAGAACAGUUCUUUCUCAUCUUCAUGGGUGUUUUGUUUGCGGGCCAAGCUGGCGCCCAGUUGUUUGCAAACUUAGGUAGUCUCACAAGGGCAAAGGGUGCGGCAAACUAUAUAUUCAACCUGCGAGAAGAGCUAUCAGUCGUUCGAGAGACCGAUGAGAACAAAGAUCUAGGCCCUGACCUUGACGAGCCCAUCAGGGUUGAUAACGUUCACUUCAAGUAUAAGAGUCGAAGCACCAAGGUCCUUCAUGGGCUUUCAAUGGAUAUCAAACCAUCUCAGUUUGUUGCGAUUUGCGGUCCCAGUGGCUGCGGCAAAUCAACCCUGGUCUCUCUCCUCGAGCGAUACUACGAUCCUACAUCUGGCAAGAUCUGCGUUGGUGGGCAGGACAUCAAGGAUGUUUCGCCUCGCCUCUACCGUAACGAGAUGUCCAUGGUUCAACAGGAGCCUGUCCUCUACGAAGGAAGUGUACGAGAGAACAUCUUGAUGGGACUUGAUGGUGAUAUUGGCGAUACAUCUGAUGAGCGACUCAACGAGGCUGCUCGACAGGCCAACAUCCUUGAGUUUGUCUCAUCCCUCCCAGAAGGAUUCAACACUCCAUGUGGUACACGAGGCACAGCAUUCUCAGGCGGUCAACGUCAACGAAUCGCCAUUGCCCGUUCUCUUAUCCGCAAACCGAAGCUCCUUCUUCUCGAUGAGGCAACUUCGGCGCUCGAUACACACUCGGAGCAACUCGUCCAGGAGGCACUGGAACAGACGAGAAGGGAAAGCGGAUGCAGUGUGAUUGCGGUUGCUCAUCGACUUUCGACCAUUCGAAACGCUGAUGUCAUCUUUGUGCUUGUUGGUGGAAAGGUUGUUGAGGUGGGAACUCAUGAGGAACUUCAGGCUAAGGGAGGUGUAUAUGCGGAUAUGUGUCAGGCUCAGUCUCUAGACAGAGAGGCCUAG